AUGGCUAGCGAAAUACGAGGAAAUUUUUUAUUCCUUCUUACUAUAUUCUCAGCUAAUAGUUUAGUUGAUUUACCAUUAGCUCCAUAUAAUAUAAAGAUAUUUUGUUAUACGGGUCAAAGUAGGUCAAAUCUCUCGCAUAAUUCGGUCGAAUGUCCUUCAUCAAGUACGUCGUGUGGAUUUUUCCAAUUGCGCUUAAAGCAAAAUAGUGAACCAGUUGAUAUUUUCGAAUGCAUCGAUUCGAGUAUUUUAUUCAACGAGAAUGACGAACAUGAAGAAGAGAGAGGAAAACUUUUUGCGAUGUUAUGUAAUGAAAUAGCGCGAUGCCAUUCGAUUGAUUUAGCUGAAUUUAAUCCAGAUUUUAUAAAAUAUUUAUUAACGAUAAUUAAUAUCGAUAUUCAAUCACUUGACGAAAAACAUAUCAAAUUUUGUUGCGCAAUUGAUUAUACGAUUCUUCAACAAAUUAUUUCAUCGGGAACGAAUAAAUUACCACUUUCAACGAAUGGUCAAAAAUAUUGCUGUGAUAAAGCGUGUAGAAAUGGUGCAUUGGGUUGUUUAACUUUCGUAAAGAACACUUCGGCAGAUUUUGAUGAUCCAUUUUUUAUUCAACCUGCUUACGAGGCUUAUUCUGUUCAACGUCGCCAAAUUUCCGAGUCAAAAGAUAGUUGCCAUUGUGUUUAUCGCCAUUUCAAUGAUGAAAUUUAUCGCUAUUGCCUAAUGAUAAAAGAUAAAAAGAAUGUUGAGCAAUGCUACUAUGGUACAGGUUUUCGAAUUUGUUGUUGUCUACGUGAUGAAGGUUUUAGUUUUUUUAUUUUAAAAAAAUUCAAUUUUAAUAAAAAUUUUCAGUUAAAAAAUGAGAAUAAAAAUAUAAUCAAAGGACUAGAAUGGCUCAGUGGGUUGUUGCUCGCAUUUUGCAUGAGUGAUAAGCGAAUGAUAGAAUUUUACUGUCUGCAGGAGUAA